CAGAUAGGCAACCAAAUCCUGUGAGACGAGAAGAGAGAGUAGUGAUCUGGGGUUUUCUCCUCGUUGACCCGAUCGGAUUCCUUUUUAUCGAAGGGAUUUGCUUACUUAGAUGGCGGAUUCGUGUUUAAAAGGUGGUAAAUUUAGUGGACCAGGGUUUCGAUUUCAUCCGACAGAUGUGGAGCUGGUGAUGUAUUAUCUGAAGAGGAAGAUUUGUAAGAGAAAGCUAAGAGUCAAUGCCAUCGGCGUCGUUGAUGUUUACAAGUUGGAUCCAGAAGAAUUGCCUGGUCAAUCGGUAUUAAAGACGGGAGAUAGACAAUGGUUCUACUUCACACCAAGGAGUAGAAAGUAUCCAAACGCAGCUAGGUCCGGUAGAGGCACAACCACUGGGUAUUGGAAAGCGACUGGAAAGGAUCGAGUCAUAUCGUACAACUCAAGAUCUGUAGGACUCAAAAAGACUCUUGUUUUCUAUAGAGGUCGUGCACCUACUGGUCAGCGCACUGAUUGGGUGAUGCAUGAGUACACCAUGGAUGAAGAUGAACUCGGGAGAUGUAAGAACAACGCCAAGGAAUAUUAUGCACUUUAUAAACUGUUCAAGAAAAGUGGGGCUGGUCCCAAAACCGGUGAGGAGUAUGGUGCUCCCUUCCAAGAAGAAGAAUGGGUUGAUGAUGAUGAUGAAGAUGGAGAUCAAUUUGCUAUACCAGAGGAACCUGUUGUUCGUAAUGAGGACAGUGUUAGCCUUUUCAACCCUGUAAAUGUACAGUUAGAUGAUCUGGAGGAGAUUCUCAGUGGAAUCCCAUAUGCACCUGGGGUUCCUCAAACAUGUACCAGUAUUCCCCAGGUUAACAGAGAAGAAGAGUUGCAGAGCACGUUGGUGAAUAAUUCACCUAGAGUUUUUCUUAAACCUCAGGAAAUUGGAGACUUCUUUCCAAACUACAGGCCCUCGAGUUAUGAGUCUAUUGAGGUCACGUCAGCUCCCAAUAACCAUGCUAUGGAGCCUUUGGUGUUUGAGAAGGAGGAUUACAUUGAAAUGGAUGACCUUCUGACACCUGAACUCGGAGCUUCUUCAGUCGAGAACCCUGCACAGCUCUUGGACCCUGGUGAAUAUGGAGACUUUAGUGACUUUGACCAAUUGUUCCAUGACGUUUCCAUGUCUUUCGAUAUGGAACCUAUUCUUCAGGGGACUUCUGCAGAUCCGUUGAGUAAGUUUGCCGACAACACAUUCGAUUGCGAACAGCAAUUCCUUUAUCAACAGUUCCAGGACCAGACCCCUGAGAACAAGCUGAACAACUUCAUGGAUCCUAGUCCAAAUCUCAAUCAGUUCACUGAUGACCUGUGGCUUGAAGAUGAUGAUCAGGCUGUCCUCUUUGCUCAACCGCAAUCUGUUAUUUCUGGAGCAUUUGCUUCACCUUCAUCAGGUGUGAUACCCGGUUCCACAAAUCUUACUACGAGUGUAAAUGCCCAAGACCAAGAAGGUGAAGAUGGCGGUGGCGGAAUGAGCCCGUUCUCAUCGGCUCUGUGGGCAUUUAUGGACUCAGUACCUUCAACGCCAGCCUCUGCGUGUGAGGGUCCUAUUAACAGGACCUUUGUGCGUAUGUCUAGCUUUAGCCGUAUCAAGUUCAGUGGAAAAACUAAUGGAACGCCAGUGACUACAAACGUAAUAGCUAAGAAGCGUAGCAGAAACUUAGGGUUUCUUCUCUUAUCAAUUGUGGGUGCCUUUUGUGCCAUCUUCUGGGUAUUUAUAGCCACGUUUCAAACCUCGGGCAGACCUGUCUUCUCGUGAAAGGUGGUUUUCUUAAACGAGCUUCUUAAUUACAGAGUUUGAAAGAGUAAGGAUUGUUAAUUCUUGAUAAAAGAGUUUCGUCUCUUCUGAUUGUUCAGUGCUUUUUUUUGAUAUUCACAUCUUCCAGGAUCAAAAGCCGUAAGCUAUAGGUAAGAUACAGAGACUGUCUGGUUUGGUUUUAUCAAAAAAAGAAAAACAUAAUUUUGAAUCGCGA